AUGACGCCGGUGGUUCUAGCCCCAGCGGUCCCUGGAGAGGAACGUGAGGUCAAUGAAGUCACUUCACCGGGAUUUCCAGUCGGGCCUGCAACUCAGCCGGUGCCAUCGGCGCCGGAGGUAGUGAUCGAGCUCUCCGACGAGGACGAGCCGGAAGGCUCAAUCCCGUCGGCGGGUGCUGCUCCCAUUGCUCCAGUCUCCACCGCCGCUCCUGCCUCCGUUGCCUCCACCGCCCUCGACGUCCCCGGGCCCUCCACUCCUUGCGCCGCUGGCUCGCCGGACACGAGCCGUGACGAAGAGAUCGCGAGGAAGCUCGUUGUUGAGCUAAACCGUGAAGCCAUCAGCAUUCCGGGAGACGGCGGCCUAGUGAUCCUCAGCAGCGACAGUGAGGAAGAGGUCACCGAGGAGGAGGAGGAGGAGGAGAACGAGCCCGUGGGUGGUGGGUCACCGUCGAGGAGCUAG